AUUGAGUUAGUCUUCAGUUGGAUCGCUAGCGUGCUAGACGUUGCGCUCUCCGGCUAAAUUGUGUAUUCGUGAAAUUCAAACGUGCAAAUUUAGAGCAAGCGAGCGUGUGUUAUCGCGAAGUUUUAUACGUUUACUUUGCGCGCCUCUAGCUGCUGUUUUGGCUGGCGAUUACUUUGUUUAUUUAAGUCGUCUAACGUUCCCACCAUGGCGUCCUUGAGCCGUCAAUGCAAUCCGCGCGCCAACAUCUUUCUACUGGUCAACUUGGGCUGCGAAAUGCUCUAUGUGAUUGAUCAACGUUUGAAGGCGCAACAAAUUUCUGAGGAAAAGUCCACUCAAGUUAUUCACGAUGUGACUGUCGUACUAUUGGAGGCCAAAUUCAUCGACUCCCUGAUCGUCGGCUCGACACGCAAUAAUUCACAGCUACUUACCGUUGAUCACUGCAAAUUCAUGAUGAACGACAUAGCCACCUCAUCAAUUAUGCGCCUCGAUAAAAGCUCCAUGGACAAACUUUGGAAUCUCAUGACAAUGAUCUACAAAUGGCAACUUUUCAUCUCGAAGCAUCCACCAAAUUUACUAGAUAUCACUUUCCGCCACUUAGACGCAAUCAGUCGGUUACGGCCCGAUGCGCAACGAACAAUGCUUGUGGACUUCACAAAAAAUGUGAUACUCGAUUUCUGGAAUGCCUUAGGCGAUGACGGCCAGUGGGGCGUAUAUCAGACGAAUAAGGCGUGGCUUCAAUGUUUCAAUACGAAAAUCUCAUUACUCAUACGCCUGGGUUUCCAAACAUUAGAUGGCACUUUUGUGCGUGCAACGGAGGUGAGCUCCUACAGAGAAUUCGUUGAGACUAUCGGUGAUAAUAUCUAUGUGAAGAGCGCCGAAGUAGCAGAGCAACAGCGGCAAGACACGGAAGGUAGCACAUGUGGGGCGAAGAAACAACGAAAUGUGGAUCAUUUGGCGGAAUUCUUAAAUUUACCACAAAGUGAUAGUGAAGAGCUGCAACCGAUCGAUGCGAAUAGCUUCCAAAAGCAAUUCGAACAGAAUUUACAGCAGUGCAACAUUUUAUUUUUCGACUUGGAUGUGAAUGAAGCGGCGGUGGCCACUACAACGAGCAAGUGUACCGACACCGAAGAGGAACUGGACGACGAUGACAAUGGCGUCAAGACAAAUAGUACUAUUGUUCCUGGUGACAAUACGAAUAUCACAAUCCUGCCAGAUUCCUCAACGAUGUCGGCGACAAAGCGUCAUGCGCAAGGCGAAUUCGUGCAGUUGCCGGCGGUAUAUAGUCGCAAUGCGGAUGGUGGACGCGGAGGCGCGUUGAGUUUAAAUAGAGAAUUAUUAGAUAUGUAUAGCAAAAUACUGUAAGAAAAUAGUAGGUAGUAGGAAACUGUAGAUGAAGUUGAGGGGAAUAUGUAACGGUUUCACUAUGCACAAAAUUAUUUUGUAAAAAAAAGUUACACCUUCAUUAGUAGCAUAUUUGUGAGUAAAAAAUAACAUUUAUGCGCUGUUAGUUUCAUCUAUUAAAAUAAAUUUUAUUUUUAUUUUUUGUUUUCAUUUGGGUUUGCUUUGUGAAGUUAGUGUUGUUGGUUUCCUGUUUAGGUUUUUUGUUUUUAAUAUCUCUUCAACUGCGUUUACAUACAAUAAAAUGCUUUUGAAUAAUAAAUAAGAAUUUACAUGAGCUGAGAAAAAUAAAGA